AUGUACGACCUCAUGGCUGGGCCCUCAACUCUACUCGAGCUGCCGGCUGAAGUCCUGUCGCAAAUCCUCCUCCACCUGUCACCAGAUGCAUUCGUCCAAUUGACUCAAACAUGCAAGCAGCUCUACAAAAUCGGAAGCCAGAAUAGGGAUGCUUUGCUGCGUCAUCUCGACAACGUACCGGGUAUCAAGCUGGGCUUGGACGACCGGAAAGUGUCUACUCUGGACCUGUUUCGUAUGCUACAUCGACGAGCAUCUCUGAAUCUCCUCGGCGCUGGACAUCACGCCGACUGCCACUUCUCGAAAUUUGAGAAUGGGUCGCUUGAUGCGAGAGCAUCUUGUAUCUCGAACACGAACCAAUACUUCAACAUUUCUCUUGCAUCGAAAGGUAGCGCGACUGUUCGGCACUAUGGGUCUCGUUGCGCUGACAUCGGUACGGCCACUCCUUCGCCUGAUGCCGAUGGAUCAGGAGAAGUCCUCCAGGUCAUACACAACGAGUGCAUCAUUAGCAUACUUUAUGCAUGGGAGAUCGACGAUGGCGCUCCCCAGCUCCCCAGCCCUGCACCGAAACCACCCGACCUAAACUCUCUCGCAAGAGACUUCCUCCGCCGUUCGCAGCAAUCAUCGGCACCGAAGCCAGAGUUCCAGCAUAAGAUUGUGCCUCGUUCUAGCGUGAGUUACCGACUGAUACACUACAAUCCCCACAGCCCUGUAGUCAAUGCUGUUGUAUUUGCUGUGAUGGCGCCUCCUACCAGUCAGGACUGCGAGCUUGUUCCGCUCCAUAUAGCGAUCCACAGCAGGCUGAAGUGUGCGAUAAUCUGGGACUGCCUAAGUUCCAUCGACCGCACCGGAGGCUCGACAAGAGUGAUUGUCUAUGUCGCAGACAAUACGCCACCUCCUGACGAAGUCGGAGUCUACAAAGCAAUCCAAGUGUGGCCCUGGAUUCCACAGGACAACGCAAAAGUGCCCAGCUUCGAAGAAUUCCGCAAUGACCCCUCACAGAAGAAGGCCAAGCAGUACAUGCGCCGCUUCGUGCCUCGAGCCACAGCAUUCAUCCGGAAUGGCAACCGCCUGAAGCUCUAUGCCCAUGGAAUGCUCAACCCUUAUGGUGCUCUAUCGACUCGAACGCACUUGAUGCAGCGAGACCAAACGAGAAGGAUCGCAUCAGCCUACUCGUUCAAUCACUUUGUCGUUAAUGGGGUCGAGCUACGGACUGAGAAGCCGUUCUUUGGUGUUCAUAGUCAAGGCCCUACGCAUGACGCUGGGACGCCUCACUGCGUGCAUAGCUAUCUCCAGCUCGCGGUCGAAUCGGGAGAAAGCUUUUUUGGGGACAACGUGUCUUUUGGACGGCCUGCAGAGGACGGGAUCUUCAUUGUGCAGAGUCACGACGACUAUCCUGAGGAUGGAUGUGGUCCCGACCAUCUCGUUAGGACCGAACAAUAUUCUCUGAACUGUGACGAUUUCAAUGUUCGUGUCGUGGCACAACUACGAGGGUGGUCGAAACAUUGGAGGCCAACGAAUUUGACUGCCCUUGAUAUCAUCGCGGUCAGCAAGAGAGGUACACGCAUUGCCAUCGCGAUGUGGGAUCGGAUCUUGGUCUACACCCUGGACACAGCAAUACUGGUCGAGGACUGGACGCACCCAGACGACGACGAGAGUGACGCUGCCAGCCAAGCUGGAAGCGACCACAGCAGCAGUACUGGCUCGUCUCACUCCGUGUCAAACAAUGACGCCGCUGGAAUAGUGCCUGCACUCAACAACGAUGACAAUUCUUCCGCCGGUGAGAUAAUUAUCGAACCGUGGAUCGAUCGCAAAAUCGACAAACGAACCAUGGUGAAAGCGUCGCGCUACUAUGACUUGGCUGAGCACCCACAAUUCGGUGAGAUUGUCGAGUUAUGGCCGAUUGAGCUGAAGCUUCCUCAUGGUGCCAUUGCGAGGAAGGUGGUCUGGCCGGCGAAGCAGGAAGAUUUGAGUGCAAGUCGUGAUUGGACACCGAGCCCGCGUUCGAUACCAUCACACGAUCCAGACAUGAAGGAGCACGACUGGAGCGGACUCCCUGACGAGAUUCGACGGCUCGAUGAGGCAAUGACGGACAAGAUCCCAACACUCGAUGACAUUUUAAGUGAAGGAGACCUCGAAAGUAUACCAGAUGUCGACGAGCGGGACUCACCUCACGAAACAGGGAUUGGAGAUGCAAUGUCAGAUACUGAAGACGCAAUGGAUGUCGAUGCAACCGAUGGCCAGCUCCAAGAUAUCAUCGACAUCGAUGAUAUUGAACUUAUCUACAAACCCGACGGCACACCGUACACAAUGGCAGAUUACGAUCUUGACAUGGAAAGGAAACUUGUUGGUCCCAGGGUCCGCCGAGAGAUCACACCACCGAUGUCGCAGUCCGAAGUCAUCGCCGCAGCGAGACUGCGGGCCCAGCAGAGUAUCGACCAGCAGAUUGCGAGGGAGGCAGAGGCGGCAGCAGCAGCAGCAGCAAGGGAAGCAGGCAGACAGGACGAUGUCAUGAAUGAUGAGGCACAAUUUCCCAAAACCCAUGGCGCGGCGCACAUACCUAGCUACGCCACAAUGGCCAAGAUCCUCGCAGAUCCUACAUCGAAGUCUGCAGCAGCGCUCCGCGCAAUCCCUAAGGUAACGCUCAAAACAACAGCAGCGGAUGUCACUUUCCCCUCAACAGCGUCAACUAGCCCGAGUGCCACCGCACCGCCCGCCGCAACUUCGCCUUCAGCCUCACACGGGACCGAGGAAGAAAUCUCAGAGGAACCAGAGACGCCAGACGCCGACGAAGAAGAGCAACCCACCCUCAAAGGACCAAAAGGUAAACAACCCAUCCGCCCUGAUCCCCUGCCAUCAUCCCGAUCACGCUCCCGCUCUACGUCGCCCCAUCUCUGGGGUAGAAGUCGAAGAGGCAGCCGGAGUAGGGGCACGCGAUGGCGGCGCCCGCGACGUAAGCGCAACACGGAGGAUGAGCUGGUGGUAUUGACGGACCGUGGAGUGAUGGUGUGGGAUUUGGGGCCUAUGAGUCGGGGGAGGCGGACGACCAAGGUGCUGGACGAGGAGGAGUAG